CAAAUCGUGCCCGCUCCCUACGCGAUGGCCGCUCAUCUCGCUGCCGCGCCCACCACUCCCUCACCGCAGUUCUGUCCGACCCCACCUCCGCAGGGGCGCAGCUCGUUAAUGCUCUCCCCACGCGUGAUGCUCUCCCCUCCUCAGCGCCUCCGCCUCGAUGCCCCCUCGCAUCCUCCACCUCCAUCCCCUCCCCAAGCCAUUCUCUCGACCGUGAUAGUCGAAAGCGACGGCGCGAGCACGACCCACCUCCACUGCCUCCACCUCGCCCUAGUCAUAUGAUCCUCUCCCCGCCCUCCCAACCGCCCCCGUGGCCCCACCCCUCACUCUGUGAGACCAAUGCCCGCAGUGCUUGCCGCCGCCCAACCAUGGAGAUAGGGCAGUACGCCACGACCAGCUGCUCCAAGGAGCAUCAGAAGAUUUCCGCUCGUGGACGCAUGUUUGAUUUUGUCCCCCCUACUAUGUUUCCUUCGAUCCCCAAUCCCCUUCCCAGGUAAGAAACACACGUCUCCACAGGCGGCCACCACUGAUUCGGUCUAGCUGGAGGUAACAGUGGCGAUGGAGAUGGCGGUCACAGAGCCAUGAACUCAUGGGCGGGGGAGCGUGUCAAGAAAAGAAUUACUUCGCCGAGAAAAGAAAUCUGACGAAAUGACAAUGCAAGUAGGGAUUGUUAACCUGCUAACACGUGGAGGGCUCGCCUUCAAGGGGAUGCAACAUGGUUGUAAUCUCUAAAGAAGUAACAUAUGUCUCCAACAACAAAGGGUCCAUUUAUGUUUUUAUGGUUUGAAGCUCCUGACUUGCUUCAGGAAGAUUAGUACAAGCUUUGUUGUUUUGAUCCCUAGCUGUAGUUAGUCCUGGGUGUAGUUGGUAAAUUUGUGUUUGGAAAUUGAUCCAGACAUGUGCUUUUAGUGUCUGUCCAUGUAAAAACACAGUUAGAUCUUAUUACUUUCCAUUCCUGGCUCUGACAGAAUGACUUGCGAGACUGUUCUAUGCUAUUAGUUUUCAUAUUUGUUAAGUGAGUGUUUGUUUGGGAUUAUAAUCUAUCCAGAUUAUAUAAUCUAACAAAUUUUGAACUAACAUUCACGUUGUUAAUUUGUUAGAUUAUAUAAUCACGAAUUUUAUCUUAACCGGUGUAAUCACGUUGCCUGUCGCCAGAGUCCUGAGCUAUUGGAGGCUUGUCAAUUUAUGUUAUGUGUCAUCACACGGGCACAUACCUAGUAUACUUAAUAAUAGUAAUUGAUAUAGCUUCAUUUCAUAAUUUUUAAAUCCAAAAUUGAAGUAUAUAAACCUGGAUGCCAAUUUUACAAUAACAACAACUAAAUCAUUUCUUUACCGUUAUUGUUAUUUAACUUGAUCUAUGACAUCUACAUAUACUCUUGCAAGUUCAUCCAAUGUGUGGAUUAGAUAGUGCCUACAUAGCGACGAUCAUGCGAUGGUAAAACCAAAGACAAAUACUUGGUAAAAAAAUAGAUCAGGCUUGCGAAUUAGGACGUGAGGUGUGGCUUGCACAAGACCGAGGGUGGAUCAAAUCUGUCUCAAGGGCAAGAAGGACUAGCCAACCAAGUUCUGCUGCCUCUGCGGCUCUGCAUACGUGUAAUACUAGCAGUAGCUCAACGCCUCAAACAACCAAAGGCUAGAAAUAUACGUAUGCAUAAUGCAUGCGGUCCCCGAUAACGACUGACCAACCAUAGCACAUAGCAGGCCUGGUUUUGCCAUUCUUCGUAGUCAGGCCCAACCUAACGAAGUUCUGCCUCCGAAGUCCGAACUCGGUCCAAAUUCCUACACCAGCACAAACCUCAAACCUCAGUAUCAUCAUCGCCGCCUUCCACUCCACGGUUCCACGUAUCGCAAGAAUUCAAAUAAUUUUUGCGCUCUCGCGUCGAUCUGCUUCAAGCAAGCCCCGACCGGAGCCAUGGCUUCCGCCAAGGAGAGCUAUCGCGCCGAGCUCCGCGCCUCCUCCCGCCAGCUCAGCGAGCGCUGCCUCUACUCCGCCGCUAAAUGGGCCGCCGAGCUGCUCGUCGGCGUAGAGCUGGAUGCGGCCCCGGUCCCUUCGGCCGCGAUGGACUCCCCAUCCUCCUCGUCCGCAGCCUCCGCGGGGCGGCUAUUGCACCUUCACCGUAGCGGGGGUUCCAGCUUCCGCCACCGACCCCGCCCCGGCGGCGGCAGUAGCUCGGAGGCCGGGACCCCGCUCGGUGGCGUGUCAUACGUCAGCACGCCCAUCCCCGACGACGACGCGUUCGAUUCGGGCGGCGACAAAUACCUGCUGGCCAAGACCUAUUUCGACUGUCGGGAGUACCGCCGCGCCGCGCACGUGCUGCAGAACCAGGUUGGGCGUAAGGCAGUGUUCCUGCGAUGCUACGCGCUCUACAUGGCUGGAGAGAAGCGAAAAGAGGCAGAGAUGAUAGAGCUUGAAGGAUCGUUGGGCAAGAGUAAUGCUGUUAAUCAGGAACUAGUUGCUUUGGAGAAAGAGCUCUCAACACACCGAAGAACUGGCUCUAUUGAUUCAUUUGGACUCUACUUGUAUGGCAUUGUUCUACGUGAUAAAGGAUGUGAAGGUCUAGCUAGAACAAUCUUAGUAGAAUCUGUCAAUACUUAUCCUUGGAACUGGAGUGCUUGGUCAGAGUUACAAUCUUUAUGCACCAGCAGUGACAUUUUAAACAACUUAAAUCUGAAGAAUCACUGGAUGAAAGAUUUCUUUCUUGCUAGUGCAUAUCUGGAACUUAAGAUGCAUGAAGAAGCUCUUAAAAGAUAUGAGCGUUUGAUGGGGGUCUUCCGCUGCAGUGGUUACAUUCAGGCUCAAAUUGCAACAGUUCAGUACAGUAUGAGGGACCUUGAUGAAGCUGAGAUGAUUUUCGAAGAACUGCUCAGGACUGAUCCUUUUCGCGUGGAUUCUAUGGAUAUUUACUCAAAUCUACUAUAUGCAAAAGAAAGCUUGACUGCUUUGAGUUUCCUUGCGCACAGAGUAUUUUUGACAGAUAAAUACCGCCCAGAAUCUUGCUGCAUAAUUGCAAAUUACUACAGUCUGAAGGGUCAGCAUGAGAAAUCAGUUUUAUACUUUCAAAGGGCACUAAAGCUUAAUCGAAAGUACCUCUCAGCUUGGACCCUGAUGGGGCAUGAGUAUGUUGAAUUGAAAAAUAGUCCUGCUGCAAUUGAUGCCUACAGAAGAGCUGUUGAUAUUAAUCCUAGAGAUUUCCGUGCUUUGUAUGGUCUUGGUCAAAUCUAUGAGAUGAUGGGGAUGCCGUUUUAUGCACUUUAUUACUUCCGGAAAUCGUCAUACUUGCAACCCAAUGAUGCUCGUCUCUGGAUUGCCAUGGCUCAGUGUUACGAAAGUGAUCCACUUCAAAUGAUUGAAGAAGCCAUAAAGUGCUAUGAGAGAGCUGCAAACAGCAAUGACACUGAAGGAAUAGCACUUCACCAACUAGCAAAACUGCAUGGCAUGCUGGGGCAAUCCGAGGAAGCUGCAUUCUACUACAAGAAGGAUUUAGAGAGAAUGGAGGUUGAGGAAAGGCAAGGCCAGAAUUUUGUUGAAGCUCUGCUGUUUCUUGCUAAGCAUUACAAGAGCAUAGGCAGGUUUGAGGAUGCAGAGCACUAUUGUACAAGGCUCUUAGAUUACACUGGCCCAGAGAAGGAGACUGCUAAAAAUAUGUUGCAAGGGAUAAAAAGGUUACAGUCAGGAUUUCCAUCAAUGGAUAUUGAUCAUUUUGCACUGUAAACUGUUAAGUCCACCCGCAGGUAAAUUAUUUGGCUGCGAAAAUUGGACAUUAAGUGUGUCAUGUGCGGCCGCACAUACGCUAGGCGCAGACGCGCCCGUGACGUACGUCGCACGGCUGAGUGCGCCGAGCGGGCGCUGCAUGAGCCAUCGCCUAGUGGCUGGAAGGAAACUUAGAGUAGUAAGCUGUUUUGGUAAUUCCUAGAAUUAAGGAGAGCUGUUUUGGUAAUUCCUUGAAUUAAGGAGAAUCUUCUCCAGUCGGUUAUGGUAGUUCCUAGAAUUAAGGAGAUCCUUCUCCAUUCGGUUAAGCCAUUGGCUAUAUAUAUUUGUAAUCGUUUGACAGAAGGGGGGGGGGGGGGAGAAAUCAGUUAUCUCCAAUCCUCUCUCUCUCUCUAAUUAAGCCUGCGGUAGAGGGGUAUAACCUCGGAGCGCGGCUACGAACUACGUAGCCGGGGUUCGGCUAGUUAGGGGUUCGGUACCCUUGACAAAGUGUCAAGAUAACAUUGCUUCCUUACUAUGUCCAUCUUGCAUUGCAUACAAGGAGGAAUUUAAGCUUUCAAGCAAACAUCUGUAGGGUAAGACUAGUCAUGAACUAGGGCAGUUGAGGUGUGGUACUCACCCGAUACAUGACUGGUGGCCUGUUUGUUCUAGAAGCUAGAAGUUGAAAACAAACAACUCAGUUGUUGAGCUGGCUUUUGAAAAUCUGGUUUCCGAGGCAAUAAACUAAAAACUGAAAAGCAUGCUGAGACAAGCUUUUCUGUCUUUUGGUGCGCUAAGAAGCUAAAAUUUUACUACAGAAGUCAAAAUAAAAAGCCAACAGCCAGAAACUGAAAGCCCCAAAACUGUAGUUCAAACAAAGAGGCCCUGAAGGAAAUGACUCUAAUGAGGGCUGCCCACCUGAUGAAAGUUCAAAUGCAUAUCUCAACUGGGAAUUACUUCCAAUCUUCCUUCACAGUGUGAUGCUUAUUGUUUGUAUCCUCGCUAUGCGACUCCAUACUUCUGGAUAUGAUGACCUACUGCGCAUGAUGCUCGCUUCUAGUUCCUGGAACUUGACAACAAGGAGAACCAGGCGCCUGCAUGGUGCAAAGAUGAGCGUCAUUGGAAUGAUCCAGACCCCUAACCCAAAUAUCAGCAUAGCUGCCUUGUGGAGAGCUCUGAAUUUCUGUGGGUUUGGCUUCCUUCACCGGACAACUCUGGUUAGUGUUUUCCCCAUGGUUGCUUGCAUAUAUAAGCUUCCUUGGAAGACUUGCUUUGCCUUGUGUGCAAUCUGCAUGUUAAAUUAUUGGCUAUCUAGUUCUCAGCACUGUAGUCCAUUGACUUACCUUUGCAUAUUGUAAAAUUAAUCAUUGCAAUUUUUUUAAAUAAAAAGCUAGACUGUAGGGCAACGGUGCAGUAGUACUUUACACAGUGUGCAUGAUGUACCAUUGGAACAAUAUUAAUCUGUUUAGUGAUGAUGCGUGAUGCAAGUUGUUCUUUUAGCCUAAGGCAUCAGAAUCUGUACUGUGCGUAUUAGUUUCUCCCCCAAUUAUCAUUCCUUUUUACGAUA